UGUCGAUUGUCGAGAGUGACACAUGUUUUGAAAUUUCGAAACGUGUUGCUGUGAGAUGGAGAAUAAAUCUAAGCGAUAUGAAAAAAUUGAAUUUUUAGGGGAAGGCCAGUUUGCAACAGUUUAUAAGGCGAGAGACAUAGUCACUGAUACAAUUGUUGCCGUUAAAAAGAUUAAACUUGGAAGUCGAGAUGAAGCCAAGGAUGGUAUCAAUAGGACAGCCUUGCGAGAAAUCAAAUUGCUUCAGGAAAUUAAGCAUCCUAAUAUAAUAGACUUAAUGGAUGUAUUUGGCCAUAGGUCUAAUGUUUCACUAGUCUUUGACUUCAUGGAUACUGAUCUAGAAAUUGUAAUAAGAGAUAACACUAUUGUAAUGACACCAGCAAAUAUCAAGGCAUACAUGCUUAUGACUCUUCAGGGGUUAGAACAUCUUCAUUUGCACUGGAUCCUACACAGGGAUUUGAAACCAAACAAUCUCCUUGUGAACAGUAAGGGAGUUCUCAAGAUAGGAGAUUUUGGUCUCGCAAAGUUUUUUGGGUCGCCGAAUCGAAUGUACACACAUCAAGUGGUGACCAGAUGGUACAGGUGUCCAGAGCUGCUGUUUGGUGCACGCAUGUAUGGCACUGGUGUGGACAUGUGGGCCGUGGGCUGCAUCUUUGCAGAGCUGUUACUGAGGGUGCCCUUCCUGCCUGGCGACUCUGACCUUGAUCAGCUGACACGUAUUUUCCAGGUUCUUGGUUCACCAAAUGAAGAGAACUGGACGGGUGUAACUGCCUUGCCAGACUACAUACAGUUCAAAACAUUUCCUGGAACACCUUUGAGAGACAUCUUUACAGCAGCAGGUGAUGACUUGUUAGACCUGCUGCAGAGCUUACUCAGCCUUGAUCCAUGUAAACGCUGUACGUCAUCAGAAGCCUUGCAGAUGCCAUAUUUCCGGAACAAACCAUACCCUUCACCAGGUGACCAGCUGCCUCUGCCAGCGUCCGUCAGAGGCAGUGACACCAAUGAUUCAAGCAAACAAAAUCUGAAAAGAAAAUUGACUGAUGGAAUGCAAGGUGGCCCCCAAGCAAAGAAGCUGGUGUUUUGAAAAUGAGAGGUACCUUCAAGUAGAUUUGACACUCAAAUUCAAUUUCAAAAUGGAGCAUUCAGCUGCCAUUCUGGAAAAUGUAUUUUAUAUGGGAUACUACUUUGCAUCAGAGUCUCUUAUGUAAAUACCAAAUUGUGAAUAUUUUGUAUAAUUAGCAGGAAACCUGCAUGAACAAUCAUGAAUUUCUGUCCUGUUUUUAUGGUCAUGUAAAUAAAAACAGAGUUUGUUGUAUGUUGCAAUAUUUAUUGUAUAUAUAU